AUGGAGGAGGCGGAGGGAGCGGGAGGAGCGGGCCCGUCCGUGCUGUUCCUGCACCCGGACCUGGGCCUGGGCGGAGCGGAGCGUUUGGUGGUGGACGCGGCGCUGGCGCUGCGGGAGCGGGGCUGCCGGGUGCAGAUCUGGACGGCGCACUACGACCCCGAGCGCUGCUUCGCGGAGACGCGCGGGCUGGCGGUGCGGCGGGCGGGCGGCUGGCUCCCGCGCAGCCUGUGCGGCCGCGGGCACGCCCUGUGCGCGGCCCUGCGCAUGGCCUUCGUGGCGCUCUACGUGCUGCUGCUCAGCGGAGAGACCUUCGACGCCUUCGUGUGCGACCAGGUGUCUGCCUGCAUUCCUGUACUUAGACUGGCCAGAACCCGAAAGAAGGUUUUGUUCUACUGUCACUUUCCCGAUCAACUUCUGACCAAGAGAGAGUCUUGCCUGAAACGUCUCUACAGAUUGCCGCUCGACUGGCUGGAAGAGUACACAACUGGCAUGGCAGACUGUAUCGUUGUGAACAGCAAGUUCACUGCCAGCGUCUUCAAAGACACAUUUAAGUCCCUAUCUCACAUAAACCCAGAUGUCCUCUACCCAUCGCUCAACAUCAGUAGCUUUGAAGAAAUUGUUCCUGCAGACAUAGCUGAUCUGAUACCGAAAAAGAAGUUCUUGUUCCUUUCCAUUAAUAGGUAUGAGAGAAAAAAGAAUCUAGCAUUGGCUCUUGAAGCUUUGCACGAACUCCAAGGGAGACUUGAUUCUUAUGAGUGGGAUGAAGUUCACCUGGUUAUGGCAGGUGGUUAUGAUAAGCGAGUUCUGGAAAACGUGGAGCACUAUGAAGAGCUGAGGAGACUCGCAGCCAAACUCGGUGUUAAUGACCACGUGACUUUUCUGAGAUCAUUCUCAGAUGAACAGAAAAUCUCUCUUUUUAGUAACUCUGUAUGUGUGCUUUAUACACCAAGCAAUGAACAUUUUGGCAUUGUCCCUCUGGAGGCAAUGUAUAUGAGAUGUCCAGUUAUAGCAGUUAAUUCAGGUGGUCCUUUAGAAUCAAUCUCACAUAAUGUUACAGGAUUUUUGUGUGAUCCUCUGCCAAGCCAAUUCGCUGAUGCCAUGGAAAAAAUUGUGAGAGAUCCUCUCUUAAAGGACACUAUGGGAGCAGCUGGGAGAGUGAGAGUUAUGGAAAAAUUUUCUUCAGAAGCUUUCUCAGAACAGCUGUACCAGUAUAUACACAGAUUAACAGAAUAA